AACUUCAGAUCAUCCAACCAGUCUUAGCGCUCACAGUGAAUCUUUGUGUUAAACUUAUGAGAAAGUUCAACAUGAAGCAAGCAACUCGUGGAAUAUUAUCAGCUAUUGUGAUUAUAAUACUUUUAGAGUGUUGUGAGGGCAGAUUCAGAUCUGCAGAACCGGCGCCACAGCAGAGCAGCCAGAGAAAGAACUUUAGAGACCUCAUCAGGUGUAAAAUAUUCCGCACAUAUACACAUGAGCCAUGCAAAACAGUCCAUGAUUAUGGUUGCUUUUGUAGCAGGGUUUCAGAGGGGAGUGCAUACCGUGUUAACAUGUGUUGUGAAGCACAGCAGAGGUGUUACCAGAGUAUUAUACGACAAUACAAGAAGUUACCAUCCAAAUAUCGCAUAACAUGUGACUAUGGCAGACAUACAUGCACAUGUAGAGAUAAGAGUUGGACACCUAACUAUCGUCUCUGUAUUUGUGAUAAGAAUUCUGCCAAGUGUAUUGCAAGAGACAUUGCGAGCCCCUACAGCAAAUACAAUGCGUUCGAACACCAGUGCCCAGAAGAACCAAAUGAGACUGCAAAGCGCCUUCUCGCAAUGGGUGGGACAAAAUAGCUUGGGUGUGGAUGGCCAUUUUUCAACUUAUUACAUGUUAAUGUGUAUGAACUGACUUUCUGUGAAAGUCCAUUUUUUCAACUUAUUACAUGUUAAAUUGUUAAUGUGUAUGAACUGACUUUCUGUGGAAGGCCAUUUUUCAACUU